AUGUCGAUCUUUGCGUGGUGCAGCCGCCGCGUCGGAGGGCUGGCGAUGCUGGGCACCAUCUCGCUUUCAUACUUGGUUAUCUCGAACGAACUGGAAAACCGACGGCAUACUUUCAAGUAUGAAACACUCGACAGCCUUAGUGCGCCGCCGCAUCGCGACCCGAAAACUGGCGGCGGCUUGCUCAAAUUAUUCUGUUACUACUGCCUACUCAUCCACUUCCUCGUCUUCAUCUUUCCGAUCCGGUCCUGCUGGGCUGUUUUCAACAUCACGGGGAGCCUGAAAAAGGCCGCGCGCACCAGGGCCAUGAGGGACAUCAAGUUCGGCCACCGCCGCCGUGGCUCGUCGACAUCGCUCUCCAGCUCCGAGACGUUGACCUCUUCGCGCGAUAUCAGCUCCACCUCGAGCAGCGAGGCUGGCGAUUUGGAACUCGAGGGCUACGGCGACGGCGACAUUGCUCCCGACCGCGUCAUUCACGCAAUUGUCAUCCCGAACUACAAGGAAGAGAACGACACCCUGAGGGAGACUCUCGAGGUACUCGCCUCGCACCCGCAAGCGCGCAACACCUACGAUGUGAGUUUGCUCCCCUUCUUUCCCCCGCCGCAAUGCCAGCUGGCAACUGUCUACCUUGCCAUGGAGCAGAGAGAACACAAUGCCGAGACGAAGGCCAUGAGGUUCACCAACGAGUUCGCCAAGAAAUUCCGCUCAAUUGACUUCACGAUCCACCCUCCCGACAUUCCGGGUGAGCUGGCUGGCAAGGGCAGCAACAUGGCAUGGGCUGCGCGGAAGCUGAGCGAGAAGUACAACCUGGGCCAGCGGAAGGACGUAAUCGUCACGGGUAUCGAUGCCGACAGCCACCUCUCGUCCAAUUAUUUCGCCAGUGUGACCACCAUGCAUGUGGCCUAUCCCGACGUGGCUACCACAACUCUGUACUCGGCUCCCAUCAUCUUCGACCGGAACGCCCACAACGUCCCCGCUAUUGUCCGGGUCGCUGACAUCCUCUGGUCGGCCGCUGGCAUGUCCGGGCUAUACGAGGGUUCAACAAUUGCCCCGCCCACGUCCGUCUACUCCGUACCUCUCGAGCUGGUCGACCGUGUUGGUGGUUGGGACUGCGACUCGGAGGCCAUCGGCGAGGAUUUUCACAUGUACCUCAAGUGUUUCUUCGCCCUCAACGGAAAUCUCACCGUGCGGACGGUCAUGAGCCCUGUCAGCCAAACGAACGUCACCGGUGGUGGCCGCGGCAAGGGGCUUCCUGGCAUGGCCCAAGACGUUCGCGCUCGGUACAAGCAGGCUAUGAGGCACAUGUGGGGUGCUCUCGACUCCGGUUAUGCUCUCAGGAAGGUUGUCGAGGUCUGGAAGGAGAGAAAGCACACCUCGAGGGCGUUCCGGCCGCUCCACACCUCAAUGAACGACGACUCGGACACCUAUGUUCCGGAGUCGCAAAUCGAUGGGGUAGAUGCUGAGGCUGUCCCCGAGAGCGGUAUUUUCUCCGACGUUGUGUCCGAUACCCUGAAGGAACCCGAUUGGGAGCGCAUUGCCUUCAUGGGCCAUCGUUUGUUCGAAGCCCACUUCCUGCCGGUCCAAACGACCAUCAUGAUCGUCGCUUCAACUCUCUACAUGUGGGCUGCCGACGGCACCGGCGACGUUCACGGAAUUUCCUGGAUCUUCACCGUGUGCAACAUCCUCCGGACGCUCGGUGUCAUGGAAGUCGCCUUGUACCUUUUCCUGUACGAGCGCUUCCACAAGAUGUGCGUUGAGUCGCGCGAAAAGGAGAUGGGCGACGCCGGUCUGUUGAAAGGCAUGCAUUUCUCGAAGAGAGAAGUCAAGACCAACUACAUCGACUACGUCAUGGUGCCGCUGGUCGCUCCGAUUUUCGGUUCGAUUCCGUGCGCGCAAGCGCAAAUAUGCCACUUCUGGACUCUGGAUUUGGUAUACACGGUCAGCAAGAAGGUGACCCGACGGAGGGCGAAGUCGAUGACGGUUGAUGCGUUGGUAUAA